AGAAUCGCACCUCCAAAAGUCGCAGAAAUCGCCCAACACAUGCACAGCUAUUAUUCAUGCCUCUCCAGCGAUCCGUGAUCCAUCCUAAAUUCUAAAGCUAAUCUAUCGAUACUCUCGCUCUCUCUCUCUCUCUCGCUUUCUCGCUCGUCUUCCCUUUGCUCGAGUCCAAGCCGAGCGGGAGUCGCAUCGGUCCCUUCGAAGCAACGCCAGCAGGUCCGCUACCGCCGGCGACGGCGACGGCGACGGCGCCGGCGACUAGGGUUUUCGGACCCAGAAACCCGCGAAUCCGGCGAUGCGCUUUGCUGCAUUCCGCGCGUAACUCCCGGGGGAUUGAAGGGUUCGAGAGAGUUCACCUCGACUUUGGGGGGAUUUCAGGUGAGUCGUUCCUUCGAAUCGAACUCGGAUCUGCGAUGCGGGAGCCCUGUUUUGUGUGUUCUCUCUGUUCUAAGGGUCUGGUUCGAGCGUGAAUGGGGGGCACUUUGAAGUGGGAAUCCGGAUAGCGAGUGUUCGGAUCAAUGGGCCUGAGGAAAGUUGGUUUCUUUGCUGAAAAUGUUCUGCAUUUCGUCGUGGCGGCGUGACAGCCGCCGAUCGCGGUUCUAUCGACAUCGCCAGGCGCUGCGAUUUAAUUCUACGAGCGAUCGUCUAAAACUGGAAGCUAAUUAACGCCCCUUUGCCCUUUAUUAAUUUAAUAGGAGAGUGAACUGGGAGAGGGAUUGCUGGUGAACUAAUUGGUGUGCAAGUCUAGGAAGCACCAUCCUCUUUUCGGAAAUAUGGUGUGAUUGGAAGAGUUUUAAAAUAUAGUUUGAUCUUUUGGCUUGUGGAGCUGGAGAUAUGAUGCUUGACUGAAAGGAGGUGGAAUGCGAAACUGCGGAAUUCUGAAUAACAUAUGUUUCGGCGUAUUGGGUGGUUUAUUGGUCUGAACAAUCAUAGUUAUUCAGCGAAGAGGUUACCUGAUGCCAAACCACGACCGGCUAAGGUUAAGCCGGUGGCUAUUAUGGACACGACGCAGGAGAUUGCCAUUUACAUCCACAGAUUUCACAAUCUGGACCUUUUUCAACAAGGGUGGUAUCAAAUUAAAAUUACUAUGAAGUGGGAGGACAGCCAACAUGGCAUACCAGGAACUCCAGCAAGAGUGGUUCAGUAUGAAGUUCCUGAUUUGGGUUCUGAUGACAUACAUGGUAUAUGGAGGAUCAAUGAUACAGAUAACAGUUUCUCAACACAGCCCUUUCGGAUCAAAUAUGCGAGGCAGGAUGUUCUUUUAUCAAUCAUGGUGUCAUUUAAUUUACCUCUUGGUAAAUUUGAGGGUCCAUCCACAUCAGCUGUAGUAUUGAAGUUUGAGCUUAUGUAUGCUCCCAUAUCCGAGAGCGGGUCUGGGUUGCAGGCUUCUCUGGAUUCUUGUGCUGCUGCUGUUCAUGAAUUCCGAAUACCUCCGAAGGCUCUUCUAGGAUUGCAUUCAUAUUGCCCUGUCCAUUUCGAUGCUUUCCAUGCUGUGCUUGUUGAUACAACUGUGCAUAUCAGUCUGUUAAGAUCUGGUUCUGGUGUUUCACCUCCAAAGGUAAACAGAGAUUCUCGUAAUGUUGAAGAGCUUUCUGGUGAAAAUAUUCGUGGGCUUGGUCAGGCUGUAGGUCGGCUGUCUUCCUUUGAUGACAGACAAUUGACAGUUCUAAGAGGAUUAUUAGCUGCUCGGGACCUACUAGUUGAAGAGCUGCAAAAUCUCAGCAAAGCAAUUGACCGACCUAUAGAUUUAACAGAUGUUACUGCAGUAGAUGAUAAGACACUGACUGACCUGAGAGCUGAAUUGGGUAUUGCAGAUGUAAAGGUCUUGGGCCCUGAUAAGCUACAAAAUGGUAUUGAGAAAGCAAAUCAAAAUGUAGAUACGCGGAUGGGUGGAUUGCUCCAUUCCUCAUCCAGGGAAGACUUGUUUCAUUCUUUUCAUUUGUUGGGAAACCAGGCGCUCUAUUUGUGGAAUACUUUUCUGAAGUUCCACAGGGCUAAUAAAACUAGCAUAAUGGAAUAUCUUCGCGAUGCAUGGGCUACUGAUCGAAGAGCUGAAUGGUCGAUAUGGAUGGUGUAUACAAAGGUUGAGAUGCCGCUUCACUAUAUCCACAGUGGAGCUGAUGAGCCAACUCACAGGAGAGUGUCAAGUUUGUGGAAAUUAGCUGAUGAUCCUGCCCAAAGUGCAGCCAUGCGCGCUGAUCUUCACCGCCGUAGUAUUGCCCAAAUGAGGAUAAACAGUCGUUCUAUCCAGGACAUGCAUAUAUUCGGAGAACCUUCACAUAUUCCAAUAGUAAUUGUGGAGCGUGUGGUCAAUGCACCGAGACGUACAGUUAGUGUAAAUUCAUACUUUAAUCACAUGAAUCUGAAAGAUUAUCCAGGUUUGCUAGGUGGACCCAGUUACGAGGCUGCCAAAAAACCAUCUACGCAACAGAAUGGUCGCAUUUUGAAGGCGGUCGUUUUUGUGCAUGGAUUUCAGGGACAUCAUCUUGAUUUGCGGCUUGUCCGAAAUCAGUGGUUGCUGAUAGAUCCAAAAAUUGAAUUUCUCAUGUCUGAAGUAAAUGAAGAUAAGACAUCUGGGGACUUCAAAGAAAUGGGACAGAGGUUGGCACAGGAAGUUAUAUCUUUCCUUAAGAAGAAAAUGGACAAAAUUUCAAGGUCAGGAAGCUUGAGAAAUAUCAAGCUGAGCUUUGUUGGCCAUUCUAUUGGAAACAUUAUUAUACGAACUGCGUUGACUGAGGGCAUUAUGGAGCCAUACUUGAGAUAUCUUUAUACGUAUAUUUCAAUAUCUGGUCCACACUUGGGGUAUCUUUACAGUUCAAACUCACUGUUCAACUCGGGAUUAUGGCUUUUGAAGAAGUUGAAGGGAACCCAGUGUAUUCAUCAGCUUACUUUCACGGAUGAUGUAGAUCUCCAAAAUACAUUUUUGUACAAACUGUGUAAGCAGAAGACACUGGAGAGUUUCCGGCAUAUUAUCCUUUUAUCUUCACCACAGGAUGGGUAUGUUCCAUAUCAUUCUGCACGAAUUGAAUUGUGCCAGGCAUCCUCCUCUGACUACUCCAAGAAGGGCAAAAUUUUUCUGGAGAUGUUGAAUGAUUGCUUGGACCAAAUACGGGCUCCCUCAUCGGAGCAUAGAGUCUUUAUGCGCUGCGAUGUCAACUUUGAUACCUCCUCCCAGGGAAGGACCUUGAACACCCUGAUCGGGAGGGCUGCUCAUAUUGAGUUCUUGGAGACCGAUGCUUUUGCCAGAUUUGUAAUGUGGUCUUUCCCAGAAUUAUUCCGUUGAGAGUCUGAAUAUCUCGAUCGAUUACACUCGUCACAUCAGCUCCUUAGCCUAUCUCCAGCGAAACCUUUUUGGCACCCUACUUUGUCAAGAUGAUGGAUCAGUGUUGAUUGGCUUUUCGUGGCUGGAUUUUACAAUGCCAAAGCCAAGAGCUGGUUCGCAAGAGUUGGGGACAUGAAGAAGCACUACGCCCUUGAUCUUUUGCUUGCCGCACAGGCGCUCAGGUUUGAGCUUUGGAAGCCCUCAGCUGCUCUCGUAGAAAUGCCUCGAGAAUAGGCCGUGAUGAAUAUAUUCGGUUUGUAGGCUGAUGAACUUAAUCAGCCACUCCUUUGACAUGGUUGCUCUAUAUAUUGAUUUGUAAAUACUGGGGUCCAGAAUAUGGUAAUGUGUAUUCAGACCUCAUUUUGGCUUUUGCAAUAAUUUAGUAGCCAUCUAUCGUUGAUCUUCA